AUGAAUGAUAACGAAAUUGAAAGUUUAAAAGCUGAAUUAGAGCACGAGAAAACAUGCAGAGAAUCUGCUGCGUGGCAAAAUGGAGAACUGGAGAAACAGAUUGUUUCAAUGCAAGAAGAGCUGCGACAAGGCGAUUAUGUAUGGGACAACGACCUUGAUCUGCAGAAGGAAAGCAAUCGCCACAAACAGCUGCUUGACGCUAUAGAGACUAUGAGAGAGCAGUUGCCUUUAUUAAAAGAAAAGAUCAAGAAUGCUAAAGUUUGUGGACCUGAUUGCAAGCUAAAGCACGAUGAUCUUAAUAUUAAUUUGGAUUUGCUAACACCGGCUGAGUUACUACGUACAGUGAAGAGAUUUGAAAGACUUAAGACGGAUUUAGUAAGCACUCUGCGCAGCAAGGAGUGGCGUUUGGACUCAGAAUCUAAGCUUUUCGUGAGAGUGAAUGAUCAGAGGACUUACUUGCAAAACGAGCUUAUGAUAUGUCAAAAUAACAUAAUGCGUUUACAGAGGAAUGGCUCUUAUUGGCAACAUGUCCCACGCAAGAACGACGAGAGAAUCUUGGACCCAAAGCGAGGACCGAUAAAGAAAGUCUUCGGCAACGAACGCCUGCCACCUAUCGCAACAUAACAAUCUACAAAUUAUCGAUAAAUUUCGGGAGAGUGAAGGUUGGAGCCUAGGGAUGAACCCCUUUCCCCAGUAUCAACUCCGCGUGCAAAAACCUCCGAGUUGUAAGCC